AUGGCCCAGAAAGGGAAGCAGCCACAGAGGGCCCCAGUGGCACGCGAGGCUCCCCCACCAGAGGAGGAGAAUCCCCGGGUGAGAUGUUGGAAAUGUGGGGCCUUUGGGCACAAGGCAAGCAGCCUCACGUGUCCCAUGAAGCGUCGGAGUGGGGCCCUAAGCCCCCAUAACCUGGACUCCAAUAAGAUGGAGAGCCAGAAUCCUUGGACUCCCAGGGACCUGAGGAACCGAGGGCCCUUCAGCAAGGCUGCUGGGUUGACCCAGCAGAGAGUUCGCAGGCAUGAAGAACAGAGACAGGCUCUGCGCCAGAGACGACCCGGGAGAGCCCCCGAAGGGCACCAGCAAAACUGGAAGGACAAGCCGGAAUCCUGUGACUAUGUGAGGGUGAGAUGCUGGAACUGCAGGGCCUUUGGGCACAAGGCAAGCAGGUGUCCCAGGAAUCAUUGGAAUAGGUCCCCAGCCCCCCAGGCCAUGGGCGCCAAUAAGACGAAGGAGAACCUGAAACCAUGGAAUCCCCAGGUCCAGCUGAACCCAGGACCCUUUCGCAGGGCUGAUAGGGUGAAUGAGCAGAGAGCAUGGCAUGAAGAACAGAGACAGGCUCCUUGCUGGAGACUUCCCUGGAGACCCACAUGCAGGCCCCAGCAAAACUGGAAGGAAGAGACAGAAACCUGUGACUAUGUAAGGGAUCCACACAUGCAGAGACCUGAUCACAACACCAAGAGGAAAUACGUAAGAGACCCUGAUCUCACCCCUUGGGCACCGAAAAGGAAACGUGUCAUGACAUCCUCGGCACCUCCCGUCGAAGGUGUUGUGAGAAGUGCCUGCUUACCGCCUGUACCAAAGAAUGGACAGGAAGGGCCUGUCACAGACUCCCCUCAUGCAGAAGGCACACACUUGGUCCAGGAUCCCACCCACAGCAUCCAUGAGGGGGACAAUAGGCCCCAUUCUGCCUUCAGCAACCAGGGCCUGGACCAAGCCCUCAUCCACCAGCCACAGGCCAAGUCCCCUGACAGGAACUCACACAGCAUCCAACAUGCUGCUGCACACAGUGUGGGCCAGGACUCUGAUUUCAUCAUCAAGGUACCUGGCAAGAGAGCUGCCCAGACCUCCAGCCAAACCUGCCAGAUGCCCACAAAGAAACCCAGACUCAGCCCUAGCCUGAAUAGCACCCAGAGACCAGACCUCCUACCUCAGCACCAGGGCCCUCCCAUCAAGACUCUCCAGCCCUGCCAGUUCCCACCAAUUCUUGAGGUUCUAGGCCAGUCCCUCAGAAAUGUCUUCACAACAUUAGACAAAGGCCAGUGGAGCUCCAUGUGCCUGACACCUCCGUCCCUCCCUCCUGCUCAGAUCCCUCCCACCACUGAGAAGUCAGAGGCGCUCUGUCCCUGUGUCCCCUUGAGUGUCCUCCUUGAGGCCCUUCAGCUUUCCUCUUCCUCUGAAGAACGUGCUGGCCAGUGA